AUGUCGAAACCCACCGUUCUGCACCUGGGCAAUGCUGUCAAGUACAGCACCGAAUACUACGAGAAGGAGUUCCUACCAAGGUUCAAUGUCGUCCGCAAUGAGGACUUGGACAGAGAGUCAUUCAAGAAGGCCUUGAAGGAGAAAAAAUACGGCGACUUCUCCGCCAUCUUCCGCCCGCACUUCCAAACGGGCGGCGAAAUGGGUCAAUGGGACGAAGAACUCAUCUCCCUCCUCCCACCCUCCGUCCGCAUCUACGCCUCGGCCGGCGCCGGCUUCAACUGGGCCGACGUCGACGUCUUCGGCGCGCGCAAGAUCUGGUACGCGAACGGGGCGGGCGCGUCUGACGAAGCCGUGUCCGACACCGCGCUCUACAUGAUCCUGUCCGUGUUCCGCAACUUCACGCGCGCGCAGCUGGCCGCGCGGUCGGGCGACCCGGACCGCUUCACCUACACGCACGGCCUGAUCGCCGACAUCUCGGCCAACCCGCGCGGGCACACGCUCGGCAUCGUCGGGCUGGGCAACAUCAGCAAGAAGCUGGCCGUGAAGGCGCGCGCGGGGCUGGGCAUGGAGGUGCAUUACUAUGAUGUUGUUCGUGCGAGCGCGGAGGAGGAGGAGAGGUUGGGGGCGACGUAUCAUGCGUCGUUGGAAGAGCUGUUGAAGAUCUCGGACUGUGUUUCGCUGCAUACGCCGCUGAAUCCGCAUACUCGGGACUUGAUCAAUGCGGACAACAUCUUCUUGAUGAAGAAGGGUGCGAGGCUGAUCAAUACUGCGAGAGGGCCCAUUAUUGAGGAGAAGGCGUUGAUUGAUGCGUUGAAGAAGGGCCAUCUUUCUGCGGCUGGUUUGGAUGUUUUCUACAACGAGCCGAAUAUCCCCAAGGAGCUCCUUGAGAUGGAGAACGUCACUUUGACCACGCAUAUUGGCGGAGGGGCGUUGGAUACCAGAGUCAACUUUGAGUUGCUGGCCAUGAAGAACAUUGUCACUGUUGUUGGUCCGGAUGGGGAGUUUGCUGGAAAGCCUCUGACGCCGGUCAACACUCGCGCGUUUGAGGCGGCAUCGCAAUAG